CCCUCAAGUAGAUUUUAUGCCGUACAACUCUUUUCUCGCCCCAGUUCUAGCAGAAUCUAACCAGUGUUCUAGAAGAAAAUGUCCUGCCCCCAUGCAGUCUCCUUAGAAUUGCAGGGUGCUGCUCAGAACUGCUCCUGUGGAGAGCUUUGUCUGUUGUUUGGAUCCAGCAGCGUCUUUGGGGGUGUUGCUUGAAGCCUGCCAAGGAGGGGAGGGGGGUUUUGAGGACAGAACACCAGGGCUCUAGCCUGUCACAUAACUGGGGGUGUGGAGGGCACCUCACUGCCACUGCAGUGAUUAAAGCCUGGAAGACGCUGGCCCGUUCACCUGCCCCUCUGGUUGUUUUUUAAACAAAUUCUGAUACAGGCGACAUCCUCACUGACUGAGCAAAGACUGACAUUCGUAUCAUCACUGUGCCCCGCUGGCACUCCAGUGGGGUAGGAGAAGGAGCUCUGACACCCUCGCAGAGGGACCUUGCCCUCAUUCUUCGAGUCUGAAACGCUGGCAGUCGUUGGAAACAGGACUCAGGGAUAAACUGGCACAAUGGACUGGGGGGCCCUGCACACUUUGAUUGGGGGUGUCAACAAACACUCCACCAGCAUCGGGAAGGUGUGGGUCACGGUCAUCUUCAUCUUUCGAGUCAUGAUCCUCGUCGUGGCCGCUCACGAAGUGUGGGGCGACGAGCAGGAGGACUUUGUCUGCAACACACUGCAACCGGGAUGCAAAAACGUGUGCUAUGACCACUUUUUCCCGGUGUCCCACAUCCGGCUGUGGGCCCUCCAGCUGAUCUUUGUCUCCACCCCAGCGCUGCUGGUGGCCAUGCACGUGGCCUACUACAGGCACGAAACCACGCGCAAGUUCAGGCGAGGAGACAAGAGGAAUGAAUUCAAAGACAUAGAGGACAUUAAAAAGCAGAAGGUUCGGAUAGAGGGGUCGCUGUGGUGGACGUACACCAGCAGCAUCUUUUUCCGAAUCAUCUUCGAAGCGGCCUUUAUGUAUGUGUUUUACUUCCUUUACAAUGGGUACCACCUGCCCUGGGUGUUGAAAUGUGGGAUUGAUCCCUGCCCCAACCUUGUUGACUGCUUUAUUUCUAGGCCAACAGAGAAGACUGUGUUUACCAUUUUUAUGAUUUCUGCAUCUGUGAUUUGCAUGCUGCUUAACGUGGCAGAGUUGUGCUACCUGCUGCUGAAAGUGUGUUUUAGGAGAUCAAAGAGAGCACAGACACAAAGAAAUCACUCCAACCAUGCCCUAAAGGAGAGUAAGCAGAAUGAAAUGAAUGAGCUGAUUUCAGAUAGUGGUCAAAAUGCAAUCACAGGUUUCCCAAGCUAAACAUUUCAAGGUAAAAUGUAGCUGCGUCAUAAGGCGACUUUUGUCUUCUCCAGAAGGCAGUACCAACCUGAAAGUUCCUUCUCUAGCCUGAAGAGUUUGUCUUUAUAAAUGACUUUCGUAAUAAAUAGACACUUGAGUUAACUUUUUGUAGGAUACUUGCGCCAUUCAUACACAACGUGAUCAAAUAUGUGGCCCAUCUCUGAAAACAAGAGACUGCUUGACAGAGGAGCACUGCAGUCACUUUGACAGGUUCCUUUUAAGUGGACUCUGACAAAGUGGGUACUUCCUGAAAAUUUAUGUAACUGUUGUUGAUAAAGUACAUUUAUCUAGAAAUCGAUACUUUUAUUAGGAAAAGAUAUUUUUAUAGGCUUGGAUGCUUUUAGUUCUGACUUUGAAUUUAUAUAAAGUAUUUUUAUAAUGACUGGUCUUCCUUACCUGGAAAACAUGAGAUGUUAGUUUUAGAAUUACACCACAAGUAUCUAAAUUUGGAACUUACAAAGGGUCUAUCUUGUAAAUAUUGUUUUGCAUUGUCUGUUGGCAAAUUUGUGAACCGUCAUGAUAUGCUUAAGGUGGAAAGUGUUCAUUGCACAAUUUAUUUUUACUGCUUUCUGAAGGUAGAUGGAACAGUAAGGAAGCAGAAAGCUUUUUUAACUCACCUAUUUGCCGAUCACUGCGAGCAACUGAAAGUGAAUGUGAUUACCUCAAUAAAGCUCGGCCCCAUUGCUUAAGGCUUC